AUGGCGGAUCACAGACAAAUUUCGGCGGCAAACGCAAUUCUUGUCACUCUCUCAUCUUUGGCCGCUGCUUUUCAGUUGUGUGGAUUGAUUUUAACAUAUUUGAUUCUUGAAAAACGUCGUCUUCAAAUGGUUGGCUUUCAAAUCGCUAACCAGUAUGAUAUUGCCGUGGCCCGACUUCGAAACGCUCCGAGACAAGCCUGCCGCCGAGGAAGAAUUUGGCGAAAACCUGGGCGAACAGAGCAGUGGUGGCUCAAUCUAUUCAAUGGAAUUUUACCAGAAUCGGAGUGGAAAAAGAAUUUUCGAAUGGAUCGUGGCGUUUUUAUGACACUGGCCGACGAAUUGGCUCCAUAUCUUCGACCUGGCAGAAGCCCACGUGGCCUUGAUGUGCUUUCAGUCGAAAAGCAAAUUGCUGUUACGUUAUAUUUCUUGAAAGACCAAGGAUCACUCUUGAUGACAGGCAAUACUUUUGGCAUUUCAGUAAGCACGGUUUCCGUGGUUAUUCGGAAGGUAUGUGAGACUAUUACUCAAGUAAUGGGACCUAAUUACAUCAAACUCCCCACUAACACCAGAGAAAUGGCACAUCUUCUCAGAGGAAUGGAAAACAAAUACGGAUUUCCACAGGCGUUCGGUUGCGUUGAUGGAACACAUAUCGCUAUUAUGCAGCCAACGGAAAACCCCCAUGAUUAUUUUAGUUAUAAACAAAAAUACACCCUUAAUGCACAAGCCGUUUGUGAUUGGAGAGGAAUGUUUAUUGACGUUGAAGUGAAAUGGCCAGGGAGUGUGCACGAUGGUAGGGUGUUUGGGAAUUCACUAAUUAACAGGUUGCUACGAGAAGAAAAGUUACCCAUGAUAUACAAAGAGCUUCUUCCUGGCCAUGACAAAAUUCCUGUUACACUUCUUGGAGACCCAGCAUACCCAUUAUUACCAUACUGCAUGAAAGAAUUUGCUAGUCCCCGUACCAAUGAGGAAGUCAUUUUCAAUAACAUGCUGAGAAGUGCAAGAAACCCCAUAGUAUGUGCAUUUGGGCGUCUGAAAGCAAGAUGGCAGAUUCUUAAUAAAAGAAUUGACUUAGGGUUGACAUUUGUUCCAAAACAUAGUAUAUGCCUGUUUUGUGCUUCAUAACUUUUGUGAAAAGCAUGGUGCCCAGUUGGAGGAUGAGGCAGUAGCACGGCAGCUUGCAAAUGAGAGGAUGCAGCCCAAUAUUGCUCCUGACAGGCUUUAUUCAUUCAACACUGCUGAGGGAACAAGCACCAGGGACAUUAUUACUCUUUUUUAUAGAGAGCACAUUCCUCAUUGAUUACUAGCUUCUUUCUCCCUUCCGAGUUCCUAAUUGGAAUGUA